GUUGGCCAGCAGUUUGGUGUCAAAUUUCAGUCCCAAUUCGAUAUGAAAUACUAUUAAAAACCAAUCAAAAAAAAAAAAAAAAAACCACACUGAAGUAAGAGUUGUGAGGCGUUGAAAAUGGCACCGCGUGAGGCGCCACCGCCACUGGAUCCGAAACAGCCGGUGCUUUACAUCGAGUACUGUCCGGUAAACUACUCCUACCGGAAAAGGGCCAUGGAUCUACAUGCCUCAUUGGCGGAGGCGCUGCGCACCAUGCAACCUCAGUUGCAACUCCAACUCCGGCUCAACGAGAACUGCUCGCCACGUGUCGGAUCCUUUGAGGUGUCCAUCGCGGUUAGGCCAACGGACGAUCAUCAUGCUCGCCACAUGUUAUGGACGGGCAUAUCACGGGUGCCAGUCUCGGCGAAGGUGCCACAUGUUGACGACAUCAUUGCCCCCGCCUGUCUGGCAUUGAGGCUGCGACACAGCCAGGCGGGCGCCAGUCAAAUUAACCUUGUCCGCACUAGCGACAGGGCUAUCAACAAAAUCCUUCAGAAGGACAGAAGGAGCAGCCUUUAAAUUAGGUCUUGCAUUCAGUUCGGUAUUAGAAACCUGUAAAUCUCAAGUGCAAAUCUCAAGCAAUGUUAUAAGGUGCCAAUUCAUCAAGACAAAAAGUGAAAAGAAUAUUUAAAUAUAGUGAGCUUAUAUUGGGUCACUCAACCGUUGAGAUUAUUAAAUUUACAAUAAAAAACAAACGACUCUAAUUGAAAA